CGUGUUCACAACGAAUGAUCGGAAUGCAGCAUAAACUGGUAAACUCAGGUGUAGCGUGUUCUGUGCAAAAGUAGGGAUAAAUAAGAUCACUGUAAACACCUCUUAGUUGUCGUUAUAUUAGGCGGACUGUUAAAGUUCACGAUUGAUGAGCGAUACUCUUCUCAUCUUUUUUAACACGUUUUUCUGGAAAUUAUGUUGCCUUCAUUUAACGCUUGGGACUGCUGUGACAUGAGGAAUGGGAGAAUAAAGUAAUCGCAGCUUUCAACUGCUUCUCUUGCUAAAGAAAACACAAUUAUCCGGGAUUUAAGAUAAUUUAGUGUACAUUGUUGUCUUUUCCUACGUUUUUCCGCAGCUUUGAACCUGAGCCUCCUCACAGCUGACCGUUUGGAUUUAGCUCAAGUAAUGCAUGAUGGCUUGCAAGAUGUUUUCAUCUGUAAUGUAUCUGUAAGGAAAAUGUUCUUAGAUAUAGAACUCACCUGCGCCUCUCCUCACCCAUCCAUAUAAACCUGAUUUGGCAAGGUUUCAUUUUAAAUGGAAAGUUCUUCAUGAAAGUCGGCUAUAACGCAGCUUCUGCUUAAAGGUAUGAUUGACCAGUGGAGCACUCUGCUGAAGAAAACCUGCAUGCUUGGAAAAUAAGGAUUUUUUUUCUCUGCUUGUGAAGCUUUCAACAAGAGAUGUCCAAUGAAAAGUGUGUAGAGGGUCUGCACUUUGCUUGGAUGGAGACCAGGGAGUAGAAGAGCAUCUACUGUUUGGGACUAUUUGGAGUAACGCACACAGAUGUUCUGCGAAGGUUCGGAAGGGAUAGUAACACAGAAGGUUCUAUAUUAUGGAUGUUUUUGAAUUAGAAUCCUUAGUCAUGCAGCACACCGAGUCUAUUAUGUGCAUUGGAUUAGAGAUCACACUUUUCAGACCAUAAAGAAACAAUAAUACCGCACCUGACAUCGAAGAAAAUAUAGUUAGCUCGUCUGAGGGGACCCAUUAUGUCAACUCUCUUUACAAGGAGGCUAUCUCUGUGCCAGACGCUGACCUUCAUCUCCCUGCUGGUCUCUUCCGUCCGCCUGUCCACCCAACAGAGUUCUUCUUGGUUGUCCGAGUGGGGUCCUUUUGGGGGUCCUCCAGCGGGGCUUCCUCUGCGUGCCCGUCGACAGCUGAGCUACAGGAACGAGUGGGCCUCCUGGAGCGGCUGGUCUGUGUGCUCCCGCAGCUGUGGGGGCGGGGCCUCGGUACGCACGCGCACCUGCAUCACCAGAAACCCAGUGGGAGGCCCAUGUCCUGGUGACCCCAGACAGUACAAGAUCUGCAACACCAAGGAGUGUGCUGUGGGCUCAGAGGACUUCAGACAGAUGCAGUGUGCUGCCUUCAACGGCAGACCUCACAUUGCUGGAAGCUCCCACACAUGGACCACCUUCCACGGAGGCUCUAACCCCUGUGAGCUGAGCUGCUUGGCUCUGGGACAGAACUUCUACUACAACUUUGGCCGCGUUCUGGACGGCACAGCCUGCGGCAAGGAGCCUGGCGCCGUGUGUGUCAACGGCCGAUGCUUGAAGCCAGGCUGUGACCUGAUCCUGGGCUCAGAGGAGCAGGAGGAUGCCUGUAUGGUGUGUGGAGGACAAAACAGCACCUGUAUGCAUCACAGGAGUGUAUACCAGAACAACGGUCAGGAAGCAGCCGGUCCAUUUGGGUACAACGAAGUGGCCAUGAUUCCAGCAGGCGCCACUCACAUCCGCGUCACUGACAACAGCAGGAACUACCUCGCCCUCCAGAACGGCCAAUCGCAGUUUGUGAUCAACGGGAACUGGAAGAUUAGUGUUCCAGGAGAGUACAGCGUGGCAGGGACCAAGCUGCUGUACCGGCGCUCCGCAGACACCUGGGAGAGCUUCGAGGUCCCUGGCCCCACCCUGGAGGACCUGCACGUCAUGGUGUUAGCAACAGACAGAAACCCAGGAAUAGAGUAUGAGUACUGGCUCCCUCCUGAGAGCUACGCCCUCUACCACGGGCGGAGGAGUCCGCUACGCCAGCCCCACCACACGGCCAGCUACAUCCCCUGGGCUCCACCCACUACCACCUCCACCCGGCCCCCUCCCGUCACCACACACCCCUACUGGGUUCUCCCUGGAGGCUGGCCUGUCAAGCCCCAUCGAGAGCCUCACCAACAACCUUAUCAACAACCUCACCUCCAGCCUCACCAACAACCUCAUCAACAACCUCACCAACACCCUCACCUCCAGCCUCACCGACAACCUCACCUCCAGCCUCACCAACAACCUCAACUCCAGCCUCAUCAACAGCCUCACCUCCAGCCUCCCCGCCAGCCGCGACUGGAGAGAGAUGAGUCUAGGAGAAACCAGCUGCCUCAGUCCUCUCGUGGAGGGCAUUGUGGGAAAUGUAGGCAAGUACGGGGUCGAGGGGAGCGCCAGAGACAGUAUUGCCAGAAAGACUUUGUCUUCCGGGUCAAAGUCCUGACCAAGCUGCAUCGAGGUGAGGAGACGCGCUACGAUGUCCAGAUCAUCCACACCUACCGGAACCGCUUCCGUCUGGAGCACAGGGAGUUCCUGUGGGUUCCCAACGUAUGUGACUGCCCCAACCUGGAGGAGGGCCGCCAGUACGUGCUGAUGGUGCGUCGUCACAUCAACUAUGAGCACACUCUGGACCGCAUUCUGCUGGAGGAGGACAGCUACGCGGUGCCCUAUAAACCCAGAGAGGACUCUCUGCUGCGCCAACUCGAGGGGCGCUGUAGUAACAGAGGAUCCGGGCCCUCAGCGAGACACAGGAGCUUAGCCUAGAGACAUACCUGUACACACACGCAUUCACAGAUUCAAUUCCAGACUCAUCUUAAACACACUUGUGGUGAUUUGGUAGAUACAUUUGGGAUAUUUUUUGUGUGUGUCACUGUGAAACCCCUUUUUCAUCCGCCCGCCGCAGGAAGGCAAAAAGACACAAAGUUGAUGGAAACCACUUGAAAUUCCAAAAUGGUGGAUCCAAACAUCCAGUCUGGAUGUGGUAGGGACUGCGCUUAGGUUAACAGACUUGCCGUGUUAAGAAACCAGAAACUCUUUAAGAGUAUGAAGCUCCCUAGCUUACCAAUAUAUAGCACUUCAGGUGGACAGUAAUUCCCACCUUUAAACUUCAAAUACCAAAGAGAAGAACAUUGAUCUAAAUGGCCAAGAACAUUUGUUUGUGUGUGUUUAUUGUUUGCUUAAAUUGUUGAUAGACUAACCAUCACUUUUGGCAAUGCAAAGCCAUAAUAUGUUCAAGUUUCAAAGAAAUAUCGUGUGUGCCUUUUACGUUUAUAUCUCCUCUCACUUUUUUAUUACAAAGAUAAUUCAGACUAUUUAAGUGUCAAAUGAUUAGCUAGAACUAAUAUUAUUUGCUGUAUAUUUGUGUUUUUAAGCCUUUAAGAUAUUUUAUUUUCAUAAUCUGUAAUGCAUUUUCCUGAACUGAGGAUUUCAUAUUUAAUAAUGUGUCCCUUAGUCUUCUUUGUCAUACAAAACUUUUACUACGGUAUUAUUUACCAUGAAAAUACAGUAUUUUUUGGUGUGGCACUGAGUUGCUACAAUUAUAAGAAAUAUAUUUUAUUUCAAUGGCUUUUGAAUCAUUUGUAGCUGAAAUGUACAUUAACCACUGUUUGUGUACCAGUUACAUAAUAUGUAUCACAUUAUGUGCUUUAUUUUAAUGUAUGAGUUACAUCUUACUUCAGCACUGUACAAAUGUCACUUUAUUUUCAGGGACCCUUUAUCAAUGGCCUGUAGAUUCUAACUAAUAAUAGACAUUCUGCAAACUAUCAACUAACUCUAACGUUAACCAACUGUUACAUGGUUGUAGUUAAUAAUUUGCUGAAAAUAUUUCAUGUAAAAGUUGUACGAUUAUUGAUCAGGACCCCUCACUAGAAAAUGGGCACUGGUUUUUGUGUAACAUUGGUAAACAGUUAAACAAAUCACUCGAAGCAAAUUUGUGUUUCUUUACAAAAAUGUAUUUACAAAAAAAUAACAUGACAUUUGCUACCAUGGUUACAUGAACUGCCUUCCAGAGAAUCUAACUUUGCUCUGUACGUCAGAGUUCUACAGAGCACUGUGCCUAGACUGUGGAGGCUUUCUGUCCCUGCUAGCUGUCCACAUGAGGGCUGAAGCAGAGCGCUUCCCCUGCUCUCUGAGCCUCCCACCUCACACACUGGAAAUAUGGUCAUUGUGGGGUUCACAUUUUAUUAUGCAUUUACUAAGAUUUGUCUCAAUUUAAGUUAAACUUUCACCAAGGCAUGAGACGUAGAACUGGUAUUCAUUCAUACAAUUAGUGUACAUUUGUACUGGGGACAAAUACAUCCAAAUGAGAGGGAGUUAGAAAUGUACAUGCUGUACCAUAACAUUUUCAGAUAAAUAUAUAUGUAAACAUAUGUAAACAUUUCAAAAGGAUUUGAAUGCCUAUUUCUACUGACAAUAUUUAGUGCCAAAUCUACUCCCGGUUUUAAAACCAGUCAUU